AUGACAGCACAAGUACAAUACAGUCUGGAGAACAAACGAAAACCACCCAGCCAGAACUGGUUAAUUCGCCUGCCACGUGCCGCUCGCUAUUGGCUGCAGGCGACUGAGGGACUGGACCAAGAAUGGGCAGCAACAAUGAAUGAGGACUGUGGAGGGCGGGUAGAAAUAUCUAGUGGGGCAGGUGCCCAGUGGGGCUGCACUUGGGAAAAGGGCGGGCGGGCAGCGAGGCGGGAACCAGAGAGGGCGGGCAGCGAGGCGGGAACCGGAAAGGGCGGGCGGGCAGCCAGGCGGGUGGGCAGCGAGGCGGGAACGGGAAAGGGAGGGAGGGAGGGCGGGCGGGCGGGCGGGCGGGCGGCCAGGCAGGAACGGGAAAGGGAGGGCGGGCGGGCGGGCGGGCGGGCGGGCGGCCGUGCGGGAAAGGGAGGGCGGGCGGCGGGCGGCCAGGCGGGAACGGGAAAGGGAGGGCGGGAACGGGAAAGGGAGGGCGGGAACGGGAAAGGGAGGGCGGGAACGGGAAAGGGAGGGCGGGAACGGGAAAGGGAGGGCGGGAACGGGAAAGGGAGGGCGGGAACGGGAAAGGGCGGGCGGGAACGGGAAAGGGCGGGCGGGAACGGGAAAGGGCGGGCGGGAACGGGAAAGGGCGGGCGGGAACGGGAAAGGGCGGGCGGGAACGGGAAAGGGCGGGCGGGAACGGGAAAGGGCGGGCGGGAACGGGAAAGGGCGGGCGGGAACGGGAAAGGGCGGGCGGGAACGGGAAAGGGCGGGCGGGAACGGGAAAGGGCGGGCGGGAACGGGAAAGGGCGGGCGGGAACGGGAAAGGGCGGGCGGGCGGGAACGGGAAAGGGCGGGCGGGCGGGAACGGGAAAGGGCGGGCGGGCGGGAACGGGAAAGGGCGGGCGGGCGGGAACGGGAAAGGGCGGGCGGGCGGGAACGGGAAAGGGCGGGCGGGCGGGAACGGGAAAGGGCGGGCGGGCGGGAACGGGAAAGGGCGGGCGGGCGGGAACGGGAAAGGGCGGGCGGGCGGGAACGGGAAAGGGCGGGCGGGCGGGAACGGGAAAGGGCGGGCGGGCGGGAACGGGAAAGGGCGGGCGGGCGGGAACGGGAAAGGGCGGGCGGGCGGGAACGGGAAAGGGCGGGCGGGAACGGGAAACGGAGGGCGGGCGGGCGGUCAGGCGGGAACGGAAAAGGGAGGGAGGGCGGGCGGCCAGGCGGGAACGGAAAAGGGAGGGAGGGCGGGCGGCCAGGCGGGAACGGGAACGGGAAAGGGAGGGCGGGCGGCCAGGCGGGAACGGGAACGGGAAAGGGAGGGCGGGCGGCCAGGCGGGAACGGGAACGGGAAAGGGAGGGCGGGAGGUCGGGUGGGCGGCCAGGCGGGAACUGUCCUCGUUCUUAACCCAGUGCUUCUGUUCCCUGCAGUUAAUAGCAAGCGGCAUGUGGCAGGCAAAUUUACCGGCUGUGUCUGGGUGUUUUGUGUUUGAUGGUUGA